AAGACAGGUGCCUGUCCCCGGGGAAACCCAGGCUGGCUCCCAGCAACUGUUCCCAGGUCACAGCGCAGGCAUCCCAUGACCAGCUGGCACCACUGUGGAGGUGGCUUCCUCACUGGCAGUGUCUCCAUCUGUAGAGGAAGCCAGGGACCCAAGAGGACCUUCCCUGCAGGGGCCUAGCCUGUGCUGAUGGAGAGGCCCUCGGGAGUCAGCUCUGUGUCCUGCCGUGCCCAGAGUCACCACCAGGCCUGCCGCUGAGGAGCCCCUGCUCUGGCCCCCACCGCUGCCCCUGCCUUCCCAUGGCCUGUGCUGCCAGGCCUGGGGCCAUUGCUGCCGCCUGAGCCCCCUGCCUGCCUCCAGGAUUCGCUGUGCCCCAAUGGGGUAACGUGACAGAGGCCCCGCACACCAGGAGCUGCCACCCCCACCCCGGGGCUGCUGGAGCUGGUUCAGUCCAAGUUCAUUGACCUUUGGUCCUUGGGAGUUUGGGGCCACCUUUGAGCGAGGGGGCUCUUCACCACCCACGGAUGCAGAGCGUCCCCAGCGUCGGCACAGUGCCGGACGCUGCCCGCAGCCGGACUCACCGGGGGUUUCGACAGCGUGCCGAGUGUUUGGUGGUGGUGGUGAUUUUUGCCCCCUUAUGAUCCGGCUCUGAGACUCAGGGGUGUGGAGUUGCCUGUUUACUUUGGGGGUGUUUGGUUCCUCUUAUUUUUUAAGGACUGGGCUUUCUCUUUUUUAAUUAUCCACGUACUGGGAGCUUCCUUCCUCCUGGAGUGUUUGCACAAUAUUUGUGCUGGACGUGGGGUUUUUAAGAAAUCCUUUAUUUCUCUCAGACAAGUACAGGGAUCUCAUCCUGCCUUGCAUUGGGGGCUGGUGGGGCUUCUCUGGUGGGCGUCCUGGCCCUCUGUCCCUCCUGGGGAGGAGGCAUGGCGCGCAUGAACCGGCCCGCCCCUGUGGAGGUGAGCUACAGGAACAUGCGCUUCCUCAUCACGCACAACCCCACCAACGCCACCCUCAGCACCUUCAUCCAGGACCUGAAGAAGUACGGGGCCACCACUGUGGUGCGUGUGUGCGAGGUGACCUAUGACAAGGCCACACUGGAGAAGGAUGGCAUCACUGUGAUGGACUGGCCUUUUGACGAUGGGGCGCCCCCGCCUGGCAAGGUGGUGGAGGACUGGCUCAGCCUGCUGAAGGCCAAGUUCCUUGGUGACCCAGGCAGCUGUGUGGCCGUGCACUGUGUAGCGGGCCUGGGACGGGCUCCCGUUCUGGUGGCGCUGGCCCUCAUUGAGAGCGGAAUGAAAUAUGAAGAUGCCAUCCAGUUCAUCCGGCAGAAGCGCCGUGGGGCCAUCAACAGCAAGCAGCUCACCUACCUGGAGAAGUACAGGCCUAAACAGAGGCUGCGCUUCAAAGACCCCCACACACCCAAGACCAGAUGCUGCGUCAUGUAGCUCAGGACUUCACCAGGCUGGGGCUCCUGUCCUGACAGCCUCUGCCCGCCUUUCUCCCUGUGCCUCUGCCUGCCUGUGUCCAGGGAGUCCGAUGGCCCCAUGGCCCUCGCUUUCCCCCGUCUCAGUGUCUGCCCCGUGCCCUCUCCCGUGCCCUGGGGCUGCCACUCUGAGGCCCCCGUCCCUGGACCUCCCUCCAGCACCUCCCCACCACCCCUGCCUCAGCUCCCCUCCGCCCUGCCUUUUGUGGGGCUGGUGAACUUUUGAAGCACUGGCCUGGCCUCUGCGGCGGCACUCACCUGUGCUCAGCACUUAAGUUAUUGGAUUCCGGGGUGGUCGGUGCUCUGGACACUCAAAGGCAAUAAAGAGCGAGUCGCA